GAGGGCUCGCGAGCCUCUCCCGUUUCAGGCUGUUGACGUAGCGCGCGCAGAACUAACCACUGAGUUGACUGUAUUUAAAUUUUGGAUCACAAAGAGGGGACCUCGCGAGGGUACUUCCUACUGGCAGAUUUUCUUUUACUAUAUAUAUAGUAAACAUAUUUUUAGGAGGAAAAAAACAUGACUAUAUCCAGGCAAUGAUUUAACCCUAUCUAUCAACCAAUCAGAUCAUAUGUUUAUAGAAGAAUAUAUUGAAGAUGAUGAUGAACCACCUCUGCUGCUCAGCUCCUUUCCUUUUUAUCCUGCUUGGUCUAUGGGGGGUGCUGGCAGCACAGUGUGGCGAAGGCGAGGGCUGUGUGUGUCAGCAGUGUCCAGCAGGACAACAGCCCACCAAGGCUUGUGGGGAGGUUGAGGGGGCUGAGGUGGUGGGGUGCCAAGCCUGCCCGGCGGGCACCUUCUCCAACACCCACGAUGCCAAUCAGUGUCGCCCCCACAGCUCCUGUCAGCUCCUUCACCGCAAAGUGGUGGCUCUAGGCACCUCAGCCACGGAGGCGGUGUGUGGAAGCUGCCUGUCUGGGUUCCACCCAGCCGCGGCCCAGAGGGCCUCCUCCCUGUACGCCUGUGUGAAGAAGUCUGCAGAGCGGCUGGUGCGGGUGCCUCGGACGGUGGGUAAGAGCUCCCCCCGGGGCUCGGGCUUGGCGGUGGCCAACGCCACCAACGUGCGCGGCGGCGGCGGCCCGGAGGAGAAGAGUGCGGAGUACGCCGUGUUCGCCCUGGUGCCCAUCUUCUGCAUCAUGGGCCUGCUGGGCAUCCUCAUCUGCAACCUCCUGAAGAAGAAGGGCUACCGCUGCACCGCCGACAAGGAGGCCGGCAGCGAGGAGACGGCCACGCCCCAGAAGGAAGGUAACCCCUGCCCAUAUAUUGUAGAUGACCCUAAUGAAGACACCAUCAGUGUGCUGGUCCGCCUCAUCACUGAGAAGAAAGAAAAUGCUGCUGCCUUGGAGGAGCUUCUGCUGGAGUAUGAAAGCAAGCAGAUGGCUGUCAACAAGGCCUCAUCCAUCAAGUUCCCCGGCCUUCCUCAUCUAGCUCAGUUCCACUCGCUCCCGCGGCUGUGUCCCCACCAGCACCUGCACACCAUCAACGGCCUGGCCCCGCGCUCGGGGACCUGCUGCUCGCGCUGCAGCCAGAAGAAGUGGCCCGAGCUGCUGAUGCCCAUGCACAUCGACACUCACAAGACCUCCAGCCCCCCCGCCCGCACCCCACUGCCCAGGGAGGUCACCAUCCUCUCCGUGGGCAGGUUCCAGGUGGCUCAGAUCCCGGAGCAGAAGGGAGUCGCUAUGGAGACGACCCAGGUGGAGUCCAGUGACACGGACUCGGUGGACACGUCUCACACGGAGCCCGCGGACGAGAAGUCCCUGCUGGGCCUGUCCUCUGCCUCUGUGUCCUCCAGAAGCAGACAGGAGGUCCAUGUGUAAAGUGAAAAGUACACAAACUGGGUGAAGAUAAUGACAUCAUCAGCAGACGCCAGAGGAUGAACAGAGCUCGGGUCAGACUGCCUUUGAAGAAGAGAGGGGAGAUUGAUCCCCAUGGGGAUUCAGUCUGGAGAGCUGUGUAUUUAUUACAUAAACUAUUUGCUAUCCUAUCUUGGUUUUAAAAAGCAAUACAACUCUGUUUUUAGAAGCAGACAAGGUAGAAGGAAAGAAAGUAUUUUUCGUCUGUAUAACUGUGCUUCCAUAUGACUCACCUUAGCUGGUUGAAGUCAAGCCAUGCAGUGCACAUCAACAUUAUGAGGGCAUGAUGUACAAACUAACAGUGGCGCACACACACACACACACACACACACACACACACACACUGACACACAUACACACUGAUACAUAUCACUGACCAACAACAUAUCACUGCAUUACAGUACACUACAACUCAACUCUACAUUGAGAGCAUGAACAUAAUGAAGGCCUAUGCUCUUCAAAGGAUUGUUAACACCAAGUAUUACUGGAGAGACCUAAACAAGUAUGUGGGUGGAAUCUUUAAUUAUCUUGUUUAAUCAUUUGGAGAACAAGUGGUGUGGCUGAGCACAGAGAUCCCUCUGAUGCCACCAACACAAUCCUGAUCUUCUACUUCUAGGUUUCUUCUCACAACAUGAUACCCAUACAGACAUGAACAAGCCAACAUUUACUGUCAUAGAUGCAACUUAGAUUCUAGCUUUUAACUCUUUGGAAUGGCUUUCAGUGCUAGAAGGCUGCUUGUUAUUUGUUUUUCAGUUUUGCAUCAGAAUGACUGAUUUUGAUGCCAAAGCACUUAUUUGAAUGAUUGUAUAUAUGUAUAUGAAGGUGCAAAAGGAAGGGGUAAUUUUAUACAUUUUCACCAGCGCGAAGUGUGGUAGAGUACGGAAGCUAACAGGGUGACUUCAGCGUGGCAUUACUUUUGCUGUGCCUCUUUUCUCAUUCAGUUCGAUUCAUUCAUAUUUCCAUAGGAAUGGAAUGCACUUGUAUCCUUAGCUUUGUUCUGAAGGCCCGGACUUCCUUUUCCCUGGAAGUGUUCUCUCACACACGGCCCUUCUACACUAUGAGAACACUUCCUCCUUUCCCAAAAGGUCAGAUGCCAUUUCCCCUCGUAUGCUCAGGGUUCUUCGUGGUCGCCUGUGGUCUUCCCUGAAACUCACUGUCCCUCUCCUUAAGCAAGACACUACCACAUUCCCACUAUGAAAUGUUUGAGAAGUUAGAAAAACAUUUGGCAGAUGGCUACGAUCCCAGUCCUGUAGCUGCUACAUGCUACUCAUCUGAGCUAGUAGGUGAGAAGACCUGUGACGCUGCUCUUGCUGGGAAUGUCUCUUAACAUCACAUUGAGGAUGUGUGUGAAGUCUCACACUUCACCUCCUGAUUUCUAUUUUUCGCCCCAACCCUGCGGUCUGGGCUUCAGUUUUGUUUAUCAGGCAACCCACAGGUGGCCUAAUCUUACUGGUGCUUCACAAAGCUGGAGGUUGUUCCUCACAAGACCUCUGUCUCCUCAAACAGUAAUCAGGGGUUGGAACGACACGAGAAAUAGAU